GAAUCGUGACAUGGGUUUUCAGGAAGUCCUGAUGAAUGAUGGUUUGAAGUUCCUGGAGGAUGCUGGAGCUGAACCUGCUGGUGAAGGCCCCACAUCCAGGACUGAGGCUCUGGGAUAUGCUGAGGGUGUGUCUGCAGGGAGGACUUUCAUACGUCCUUUGGUGGUUAUUGCUGACAAGCCCAGCUCCCAUGGCAGGGGGAAGAUGCAAGACACAAGUGACAAGAUAUCCCUGGAACCAUCCAAACAGAUGAGGCAAGUGCUGAAGGAACUCCUGCAGACAAGACAAGAAAUUAAAGGAAAGCCUAUGCAGAAGGAAGCAUUUCCCGGAGGAAGCAGUGGCUCCAUGCCAGCCUCUGCUCCAGGAAGGGAGGUGAUGCCAGGCACAGUCAAGGAAGAUGAGGUUGCUGGGAAGGCUUCUCCAUUAGCUUGGAUGAAUAAAGUCUCCAAGCCCUUGGAGCCUCCUGCGGAUGUGUCUACAGGGAGGACUUCUCCAGCUCCUACCUUGGAUGCUGUACGCAAGCCCAGUUCCCAUCACAGGGGUUCUCCGACAAGGAAGAUCCUAUACACAACAGAUAAGAUAUCCCUGGAACAAUCUAAACAGAGGAGGCAAGAGCUGAAGGAACUCCUGCAGACAAGACAAGAGAUGGACAUAGUGCUUCAGUGGAAGGUGGCAUUUCUUGAAGGAAGCACUCCAUCUUCGGUGCCAGCCAUAGCUGCAGGAAGGAAGGCAAAGCCAGACACGGGGACAGGCACAGCAGACUGGGAGGCUGGGAAGGAUUCUGCUUUAGCCUGGCGCUCUGAAGUUGUGAAGCCCUCUGGGCAUUCUGCAGGCGUGUCUGCAGGGACGACUUCACCAACUCCUACCUUGGAUGAUACAGAAAAGCCCAGCUCCCAUGGCAGGGGUCCUACGACAGGAGAGACCAAAGACAUGGCAGAAAAGAAAUUCCAGGACCCAUUAGAAAUCAUGUGGCAAAUGCUGAAGGAAUGUCUGCAGAGAAGACAAGAAAUAAAAGGAGAGCCUGUGCAGAAGGAAGCAUUUGCAAGAGGAAGCAGUGGUUCCAUGCCAGCCUCUGCUCCAGGAAGGGAGGCAAUGCCAGGCACAGGCACGAGAGCUGAACCUGCUGGUGAAGGCCCCACAUCCAGGACUGAGGCUCUGGGAGAUGCUGAGGUGUGCCUAUGCAGAUCAGCAGAGAUGGCAGAAGCUUCUGUGGCUGUUGAGUUACAGGUGUGUCUGCAGGGAGGACUUCUCCAGCUCCAGGGCUGGGUGCUUGGCCCCAACCCAGCUCCCAUGGCAGGUCCUCCAAAAGGGAAGACCCAAGAUACUGCAGCUAAAAUGUCUCAUGACUCAGGUGAAUUCCUGAGACAAACACAGAAGGAAGCACCCGGAGGACAAGUGAUGGACCAAAAGGCUGUGCAGAAGGAGGAACAGCCAGGGAGAAGCAGUGGCUCAUUGGCAGCCAUAGCUGCAGGAAAGAAGGCAAUGACAGACACAGGCACAGGCACAGCAGAUGCAGGCAGCACCACAAGACCUGUUCCCAAUGCCCAGGAUGGCCUCAGAAGGGGUUUCUGUCAGGGAACCAGCUGCUGGCUAGGGUUACUGGGAGGCAUGCUUUAUUUGGAGUUUGUCUUCAUGAUGUGCUGCAUUGGAAUCUGGUAUUCUUGGAACAGAAAACAGAGCACCUCUGGACAGGAGUUGGAAGACGGUGGCUGCACCUCACACCCAGACAGCAGCAGGAACGGCCUGGACAGCCCUCUCAAGUGUUCUGUGAAGAGGACCCCAGAACAACCGUCUACGAGGAAGCCUCUUAUUGCCCCAUAGAUCCCACUGCCACCUGCUUUCCCCAUGGGCCUCCCCAAGCUGCCUUCAUCCCUUUUUUUCUCUCCAUCUGUCCCAUCUCAGCCAACCCGAGUUCCUCUAGAGACCCCAGGACCAGCCCAGCACCUUCCAGCCCUUCCUGAGACCAACACAUCCCUUCCUCUGCCCCUGAGCCCUCUGGCCUUGCCCUCUAAGAAACACUGAAGGUGACACCCCAC